AACUCCAAGAGAUGGCCGUGCUCCUGGGCAAGGGCUUCCGGGUCCACCAUCCCGAUGCCGUUGGGGGGAUUAGUUUAACCUACAAUCCAAAUCCCUAGAAAUAUAUGGUCAUGCAGUACCACUCUGUGGAGAAUGGAUUUAGGUUGCCCCUCCACGGCCUGCUCCGCGACCUUUGCCUCCAUUUUGGAUUUGCUCCAGGUCAAUUGACUGCCAACGCGCACAAGUACGUCGCGUCCUUCAUCUUACGGUGCUGUGCCCUGGACAAAACCCCGACACUAGACGAAUUUCUUCUCCUCUUCAGCAUCGGUGGUUUCCCCUUUUACAGUCUAUACCCCCACAAUCAUUUUCCCAUUUUUGAGAAGGUCGAGCUCAAGAUCGACAAAUGGGCGCUUAAAUACUUCGUCAUUGAAUUCCCGGCUCACAGCCCCAUCGACCUGCCAGGUGUUGUCCUCCGCCGUUCUAUUUCCCGGACGAAAUUCGCCCCAGCAAACCUGGCGGAAGGGGUGUAUAAUGCUUUGAGGGAGAAGGAGGGUCUAAUUUCCCACCACUCUCUUCAAGAAGCUAAUCUGUACAAGAAGGCAGGGUUUUACUGCCUCCUGGGUCCUGACCCGAUUCCUUUUGAGGAGGUGCCUUCCCCUGAGAGAUCGAAGACUCCUUCUGCUGCAGAGUCCAACUCGGCUGCAAGUUCUUCUGGAGAUCGGCCCCAAGGUGGUUCCAAUACCUUAGUUGUGCGCAAUCCGGAUGCUGCUCUGAAUGCUGUUCCUAUCUCUGCCAUCCCUGGGCUUAGGAGGCGCACUCUGUCCCAGAAACGGCCACAGGAAGGUCUCUUCGAUGAUGAUUUCCUUCCCAAGAAAAACAAAGAAGAGCCUAAAGACCAGUCUGCGCUCAAAAAACCCGCAACGCAGCCUCAGAUUGAGGCGUCCGGUUCCUCGCCACCCGCCGCAACCACUCCCCCCGCAACGAACGAAGAGGGGAUGAAGCAGAAAGAAUCGGAGCCCUCCCCUGCAGCAGAGAGGGAGAUCGAGGCACAGACUGAAACAGACGUCUCCCGCCCGGAGGAGAAUGAGGCUGGAGAGCAGAGAGAUGCUGGAGCCCCCUCAGAGAUGGAGAGAGAGAUUGAGAAUCAACCGGAGCAGAAGGGACAGGGUUCUACGGCCACACUCCCAGCCCCCAACAUCCCCAUCCGGCGUAAGUUCACACCGCAAACUUACUCCGCUUUUACCGAGGGUUGGGAAGGCCUUUCCCGCGGUUUGAGAUCCCUGCAGGCCUCCCAUUGGAAUAUCCAGGCGAACCUGGAGAGGAUGAGGGACUCAGUGCAGGGGCCCACAACUCUCCAGACUCGCCCCGACCUGCUUGCUCUCAAUGCCCUGCACUUUAUGGAGCAGGCCCAGCAAUCACUCCUCACUUUGACUGAGGAGUACCUGGGUGGAGCUUUAGGGAACUUCCGGGCUGCAAUGCUCCUGAGGGAGAGGGAUCUGGCUGCCAGGGCCUUGCAACAGAAAUUCAACUCCCUGGAACAGCAGGUCCGGAUCCUGCUAGAAGAGAAUUCUCGGCUCAAGCUAGAUGGCUCCACGGAGCUUGCACCUGAGAGAUCCAAGGUCCAGUCCAUGCAAGAUCAGAUUGCUAAUUACCACAAGGAGACCCAAGAUCUGGAAGUGCAGUUUGGUAGGUUCCGGGCACAAAUCUCCCUCCUGGAAUCAAGGGUCUCGGCUUCAGAAGACCAGGUAGGAAGUUUGAAAGCUGAGCUGGUUGAGAGGGAAUCCCGGAUCUCUAAGCUAGAGAAUUCCCUCCAAGAGGCCAAGUAUGAGGGUUCACGCCUUAACGAGCUUGCCCUGAAGCACAUGGAGGUGAGACGGCUUGACCUCGAGAAGUUGAAGGGAGAGAGACAAGCUGCAAGUGAGCUCCGGGCAAAGGUGGAUGAACAAGAGAAGAUGGUCGCUGCUCAUCAAGAGGAGGUGGCCACCCUGAUUGCCCGUGCCAAAACCCUCUACGAAGAGGGACAAUUUGACAUGCAGCAAUGCAUCUACGGGGCAGUCUAGAGUGGUCUCCCAGAGAACCGCACUUUGGAUGACUUCAUCUCCUACUAUGGGUUACCCCUCCCUCUUUCUCCCCCAGCUUCUCGUGCAGACCCGGGGCCUUGACUUUAUCCCUCCUUGUUGACUGUCAUAUUUUGCCUUGUAAUUAUUUGGAUUAUGGUAAAUUGAUAACAUCCGAUGUAUUUUUGUCCAUGUAGACUCCUUUAGUAAUCUGACUGUUCUCCUUUUGGUAUUCUCGUUUUGCCCUAGGACUUAGCAGAUUUUUUUUUACCCGCCUAGGCUUUGGGCUUAAC